GGUCAAUUGCGACUGAAGCAGCAUGGCCCGAAAGUCACGCGCGUGCGGACUUUGUGUGGUCAUCUUGUUGGCCUGUCAUGUGGAUUCCGUGGAUUUGACGAAGGCGACGCUUUCUUUUUUCUUUCGAGGCGCCGGAAUGCCUCGGCGUGCGAUAUUCUCCGUGGCUGCACAGGUGGGGCUGGGCCUGAGUGAGGCUGCCUGGGCCAAACGGCCAGAAGGUGUGAACCGACCUGAGCUGCUGCCGAAGACGGCUGGGGAGUCGACUCCCAUCAUCGAUGUUGCCAGGAUCUUGACGGCGAGUCAAGAGCGACAGCUGACAGCUGACAUUGCGGAACUGGAGAAGCUUGCCAAGGUUCGGCUGCGGGUGCUAACCCAGACCUUUCCGAACACACCAGGACUGGCCAUUAAGGAUUAUUGGAAGCCUGAUGGUCGGACAAUUAUCUAUGUGCAUGACACCGGGGGACUGGGCGAGACGGCAGUGGUGAAUUUCAAUGCGGGACAAGAAGUAGAGACCAUGAAGCCCCUGAGUUACUGGAGGCAAGUGCAAAAUACUUAUGGCAACAAGUACUACAUCAAGGAGCAUGGCGACUCUGACACCGUGGUGGACGUGGUGAAAGCUUUGAAGGAGGGCUUCGUUCCUGAGAACAAGAGCUGAGAAUGGCCAGGUUUUUAUUUCCUCAUAUUCUCCCAUAGUCUCCGAAGAUUGGGGCAUUAAGAAAGGUCCUUUGCAGGUGAAAAGCAGAGGGAAUUUAGG